AUGCGUAUCCCAUUGCGCCAGGUUGGUGUACCGUUCCGCCGCUAUGUGCAGACGCUGCGGACAAGGAAGCAGACUGUUAUGCGGCUAGACACUAUUAAUCCGCAAGCGGUAAAGGCGGAGUAUGCCGCCCACCAAAUUGAACGCGAGCUCGAGCAUGGAGCCAAGCUUCCGUAUGACUCAGUCUUGUGGACAAACAUCGGCAACCCACAGCAACAGCCAAUCCUGGCGCAGGAGCCUUUGACGUUCUGGCGCCAGGUUGCGGCGCUGACAGAAUAUCCGGCGCUCUUGCAUAUGGAAUCGACCACGCGCGAUGCCAUGUUCCCGACAGACGUGCAGGAGCGCGCGAGGCAGCUGCUGGACUCUUUUGGAAGUGUGGGUGCUUACACAAACUCUAGGGGAAAUGAGCUGGUGAGACAACAUGUGGUUGACUUUUUGCACGAGCGCGAUGGCUACGUGGAAGACUUCGACAAUGUCUACUUGACGGCCGGCGCUUCGGCGGGCGUCCAGCUCCUCUUCCAAGUGUUCUUUGCUCCGGGAAAUGAUGCGCUUCUGAUUCCGACGCCGCAGUACCCCCUUUACUCGGCCGCCUCGGCCCUAUACAACGUGGAGCCAGUCUACUACACGUUGCGGAGCGACCACGAUUGGGACGUCAACUUCGACAAUGUGCGGGAGCAGAUUUCCGUCGCGCGCGCGGCGGGCGUGAACCCGCGCGCGAUCGUGGUAAUCAACCCCGGUAACCCGACGGGUUCGUGCAUGACGAAGGACGAAAUUGAGCAAGUAAUUGAGCUGGCGUACAAUGAGGGCCUUGUCAUCUUCGCUGAUGAAGUGUACCAGGCCAACGUAUACCAAAACGAACGACCCUUCAUUUCGUUCCGAAAGGUGCUCUUAGACCUGGGCAAGAGUAGCGACCCGCGAAAACGCGACAUGAGCCAGAUUGUGGAGCUCGUGUCGCUACACAGCAUCAGUAAGGGCAUGACUGGCGAGUGUGGUCGCCGCGGUGGCUUUUUUGUCCUCAACAAUUUCGACAAGGACGUCGACGCGGAAGUACUGAAGAUUGCCAGUCUUAACCUCUGUCCUCCCGCACAGGGUCAAAUUGGUGUGGACCUGCUGGUGCGUCCCCCUCGUGAGGGCGAGCCUAGCUAUGAUCUGUGGAAGAAGGAGGUCUCGUCCAUCUUCCAUACGCUCAAGGACCGUUCCGAGCUGAUUGCCAAGCGCCUGGGUGAGCUUCCUGGUAUGAAGGUCGAGCCUGCCAAGGGUGCCAUGUAUGUGUUCCCCCGCAUGCACCUCUCCAAGUCAGCCUCUGAUGCCGCCAGGAAGGUAGGCAAGAAGGUGGAUGAGUUCUACUGCCUUGAGCUACUGGAGGAGACGGGCAUCUGCGUCAUUCCCGGCUCGGGCUUUAGCUUCUACCCUGAGUACCUGGAAGAUGGAUCCAGCUACUCGUUUUUCCGCACCACGAUCCUGGCCAAGGGCACCGACGAGAUGGUGGAGCGCUUUGUCAAGUUCCACAUGCACUUUAUGGAACGGUUUCCGUAG